GUGUGUGUGUGUAAAUGGCUCCUCCUGCCACUGAAAAUCGAAAUCGGAGGUCUCGGACCGGAGCGCUCGGACGGUAAAAUCGCUUCCUCGGAUCCCGAACCGAGCUGUAACUCAGUGCAAUGCACUUUAGGUCUUUAUUUGCAUUUUCUAAUCUGAUCUCGGUGUAGUGAUCGGAAGGGAAGGGCAGCACGGUGUGUGUUUUUAACCAGAAACCCGUCAAAUGAACUCCGUCAGAGCGACUAACCGCAGACCCCGGCGAGUGUCGAGGCCGCGCCCGGUGCCGCCGGAGAGAAACAACGCAGAAAGAGAUGAAGACGUUCCUGCAGAGAUGGUCGCAGAAGAAUCCGGUCAAGGAGCUCAGAAUAGUCCAUAUCAACUUCGAAGGAAAUCACUGUUACCCAAGAGAACGGCUUGUCCAACAAAGACCAAUAUGGAGGGUGCUUCCACGUCAACAACAGAAAACUUUGGACCUCGGGCGAAACGUGCCAGGGUGUCUGGGAAAUCCCAAGAUCUGCCAGUUACUCCAGCAGAGCAAUACCUGCAGGUGAAGCUUCCAGAUGAGGUGGUUUUAAAGAUCUUCUCGUAUCUGUUGGAGCAGGACCUGUGUCGAGCAGCGUGUGUGUGUAAACGCUUUAGUGAAUUAGCCAAUGACCCCAUCCUCUGGAAGAGACUCUACAUGGAGGUGUUCGAGUACACACGGCCCAUGAUGCACCCCGAGUCUGGAAAGUUCUUCCAGAUCAACCCAGAAGAUCACGAGCAGCCUAAUCCAUGGAAGGAGAGCUUUCAGCAGCUGUAUAAAGGCGCUCACGUCAAGCCGGGCUUCGCUGAGCAUUUCUACAGUAACCCAGCCAGAUACAAGGGCAGAGAAAACAUGCUGUAUUACGACACCAUCGAGGAUGCUUUGGGUGGGGUUCAGGAAGCCCACUUUGAUGGUUUGAUAUUCGUCCACUCCGGGAUCUACACGGACGAAUGGAUCUACAUCGAGUCACCCAUCACCAUGAUAGGCGCCGCUCCUGGUAAAGUAGCGGAUAAAGUAUUUAUAGAGAACACUAGAGACUCAACGUUUGUGUUCAUGGAGGGCUCGGAGGAUGCAUACGUAGGCUACAUGACGAUAAAGUUUAAUCCUGAUGAUAAAUCAGCUCAGCAUCACAACGCUCAUCACUGUCUGGAGAUCACCGUCAACUGCAGUCCCAUUAUAGACCACUGCAUCAUCCGCAGCACCUGCACAGUGGGUUCUGCAGUGUGUGUAAGCGGUCAGGGGGCGUCACCCACCAUCAAACACUGUAACAUCAGUGAUUGUGAGAACGUGGGACUCUACAUCACAGAUCACGCACAGGGCAUUUAUGAGGACAAUGAGAUAUCCAAUAACGCUCUAGCAGGGAUCUGGGUGAAAAACCACGGCAACCCCAUCAUCAGACGCAACCACAUCCAUCAUGGCAGAGAUGUCGGAGUGUUCACGUUUGACCAUGGCAUGGGCUACUUUGAAAGCUGCAACAUCCACAGGAACCGGAUAGCAGGUUUCGAGGUGAAGGCGUAUGCGAACCCCACUGUAGUGCGCUGUGAGAUCCAUCAUGGACAGACGGGCGGCAUCUACGUGCACGAGAAGGGCCGAGGCCAGUUCAUCGAGAACAAGAUCUAUGCAAACAAUUUUGCAGGCGUGUGGAUUACCUCAAACAGUGACCCCACGAUCAGGGGUAAUGCCAUAUUUAAUGGCAACCAGGGUGGUGUUUACAUAUUCGGCGAUGGCAGAGGUCUCAUUGAAGGGAAUGAUAUCUAUGGCAACGCUUUAGCUGGCAUCCAGAUCCGGACCAACAGCUGCCCGAUCGUCCGGCACAACAAGAUCCACGACGGACAGCACGGAGGAAUCUACGUGCAUGAAAAGGGUCAGGGUGUGAUCGAGGAGAAUGAGGUGUACAGUAACACAUUGGCUGGUGUUUGGGUGACCACGGGCAGCACGCCUGUACUCCGCAGAAACAGAAUACACAGCGGGAAACAGGUGGGCGUUUAUUUCUAUGAUAACGGUCACGGUGUGCUGGAGGAUAAUGACAUUUAUAACCACAUGUACUCUGGGGUUCAGAUCAGAACUGGCAGCAAUCCCAAGAUCAGGAGAAAUAAGAUCUGGGGUGGACAGAACGGAGGAAUUCUCGUUUACAAUUCAGGCUUGGGUUUUAUCGAAGACAACGAGAUCUUCGACAACGCCAUGGCCGGAGUUUGGAUUAAGACCGACAGCAACCCCACACUCCGCAGAAACAAGAUCCACGACGGGCGAGAUGGAGGAAUCUGUAUUUUCAAUGGAGGACGAGGUUUGUUGGAAGAGAACGAUAUCUUCAGGAACGCCCAAGCGGGAGUUCUCAUCAGUACCAACAGUCACCCUGUGCUUCGCAAGAACAGAAUAUUCGACGGUUUCGCUGCUGGUAUCGAGAUCACAAAUCACGCUACAGCGACGUUAGAAGGCAAUCAGAUUUUCAACAAUCGGUUUGGCGGACUGUUUCUUGCAUCUGGUGUCAAUGUCACCAUGAAAGGUAAAAUGGAAAAAAAUUGGUUUCAUUCAUUGGAGGAUCAACUAAACCCAAAACGAUUCACAUGUAUUUGUCGAAUUUCCUUCGCAGACAAUAAAAUCGUGAACAAUCAGGAUGCCAUUGAAAAAGCAGUGAGCAGAGGUCAGUGCCUGUACAAGAUUUCCAGUUACACCAGCUAUCCAAUGCACGAUUUUUACAGAUGUCACACCUGCAACACCACAGACCGAAACGCCAUCUGCGUGAACUGCAUCAAGAAGUGCCAUCAAGGGCACGACGUAGAAUUUAUUAGACAUGAUAGGUUUUUCUGCGAUUGUGGCGCAGGGACUUUGUCGAACCCGUGCACACUAGCCGGAGAGCCGACCCACGACACAGACACGCUGUACGAUUCGGCCCCUCCUAUAGAGUCCAACACACUGCAGCACAACUGAGACGGAGCGCCGACCCGACCCCGGGGAACUAACAGACUCUAAUGUGCUCAGUCUAGUGCAGACGAGAUUACAAGCUAGAAAUAAUUCAAUUUUAAUAAAAAGAACUCUUUGAAAAAGAAGACUUUGUGUAAACUUAGACGAUGGACGCUGAGAGGAAACAUUUUUAUUUAAACGAAUGAAAAACGAACAUUCUGCUGUGGACUUGAUCCUGUUGUCCAACGCUGUUCCUUGUCAGCGACGGUGUAGACUAACAGCCAGUCGCGAUGCUCUCAGGAGGAUCGUGACGGGGAUUUACGGAUGACAGACGUGAGGAGAGAUCAGACCCGGAGCGCACGGACACGCAAUGCUUCCCAUGCAUCUGUUCUCCAGACAACAGUCACCAUGAUAUUGUAAAUGUACGGAUAAAAAGACCCAGCACUUCAGUUAUGGUUUUGUUUUUUUAAAGAUGUUAUUGAGGUUUGAUUUUAAUGCUUUCUCAUGUAGUUUUGUAUGUUCAUCAAAAAUCUUAAAUGUACUUGAAUGUCUUUUUAUUUUAUGAAGUAUAUUAAUUUUGGGGUUGUUUAUACCUUAGACUUGCUGUAUUUGUUCUCAUGUCGCAGGAUGUAUGUUCUUUCUGUGAAAGAGAUUCGAGGAAAAAAGGAUGAGAAACACUAACGUAUUCUCCGGCAAUGUUCGUGUAACGCGUUGGCCAACAUGCAUUGUGAUUCAAAUCCCGCCCCUUUAUCCUGAUUGGCUUACCGCAGGGUCAUGUGGUAAAAGCAUGAGACACUAGACUUGUUAAAGCAUUUCAUUCUCACGGCCGUUCGCUCCGAACGCAGCGAGUAAAGUGACGCGCGAACGCAAAACGACAUUGCUGGAGAUGUUAAAGACGCUUCUUGCUCAUUUGAAGCUCUGGCGAGUAUCUGUACAGUUUUAUUUGCGCUUCCCCCCCCUCCAUCCAACUGUAUUUGGUGACUGUGGGUUCUCUUACAGCCGGAAUUGUAUGCAUGUUCCAUGACAUCUAGACUUAAUAUAUUGUGAAGUACUCAAUAACCAUUAUGUAGCUGUUAGUAAUUAAUCAAAGGUUUAAUUUCCUAGUCAAAGAGGAACGUGUUACAUUUUUGAAAAUAAACUUUAUUAGAUCA